AUGCCGCCCAGAAAGAAGAGAGCUUCUGUGGCUGAGGCUGACGAUGCCGAUGAUGCGUAUGAUCCCCAAAAGAAGAACAAAGCAGGGAGUGAUGAUGGGGAUGAUCAGAAACCGAAAAAGAAGCCACGGGCCAAGAAGGAGAAGGAACCUGAAGAAGUCCAUACAGCGCUCGAGGGACCUGCCUGGACAGUGGUGCCCCCAUCCCUGUUGUACAGGGAAGGUGGACCAAAAUCAGGAGAGAAGAUAGCUGCAUUUGAUCUGGAUGGAACGCUUGUGCUCACCAAGAGCAAUCAGCCCUAUGUGACAUCUCCAGAUGACUUCAAACUCUUCAACAAGGAAGUGCCCAAAGUCCUGAAUGAGUAUGCCGAGAAGGGUUACAAGAUCGUCGUCUUCAGCAACCAGGCAGGCAUCGGAAAGUCCUUGGACGGAAAAAUGUCUGUGAAGUUGAGGCAGAGGGCAGAGAACAUCCUUACAAAGCUGGAUGUGGAAGCGACAGUGCUGUACGCAGCUGGCAAGGAGGACAGCUUCAGGAAGCCUGGAACUGGCAUGUGGGAGUACUUUGUGGAGCAUCUGAAUGGCGGCGUGUCUCCUGACAAGGCGCAGAGCUUCUUUGUGGGAGAUAUGGCUGGCAGGUCAAUUGACAUACAGGAGUCAGACAGUGACAAGGAGGGAGCAGCUAAGAAGCAAGCAGCCCUUCCAAAGGCUGGUCAGGAGGGUGAGAACCAUAAUGCGGAGCUCUCGGCUGCAUUCGAGCAGCUGGCUGACCACUUCACAAAGCGCGGAGAAGGGUUCAAGGCGCGUGCUCUGGACAAGUCAGGGAAGAUAAUUGCUGCGCACUCAUCUAAAGUCACCUCCAGCAAAGAUCUGAAAGGCACAGCUGGAAUCGGCAAGGGCAGCAUGGGCUAUAUUGAUGAGUUCCUAGAAACUGGCACCAUCGCCGCGCUGGAUGAGGCGGGCGGAUUCCAGAACCCAGCAGCCAAGGGCGAUGCAAAGCCCAGCGAAGAGCAGACGAUGGCGUUGAAGUUCCUGUGA